AUGGUGAAAGAGAAGAAGAAGGCAGACAGGAAAGGAGACAAGCCCACCCGCUCUCCCUCGUCUCUCUCUGAUUACUCAGAGUUCCCAAAGCAAGAUGGCAGCGCCAUCAGGCCCGAAGUGGCCCCAGGUGUCGCCCCAGCGUUGGGUCCGACACUCAAGGCACCCAAAAAAGAUUCUAAAAAUGCGCAGCAGAACGAAGACGCCGCUCGGUACGAGGAGCCGGUCCUGACCAGACUCAUAGUGGAAAGCUACGAGGGGGAGAAGGUGCGGGGACUGUACGAGGGAGAAGGCUUUGCUGUCUUUCAAGGAGGCUGCACCUACCACGGGACGUUCUCAGAAGGACUCAUGCAUGGCCAAGGGACUUACGUCUGGGCCGACGGACUGAAAUACGAGGGGGACUUUGUGAAGAAUGUGCCCAUGAACCACGGCACGUACACGUGGCCCGACGGCAGCGUGUACGACGGGGAGGUGGUGAACGGCAGGAGAAGCGGCUUCGGCAUGUUCCAGUGCAGCACGCAGCCCGUGUCCUACGUCGGCCACUGGUGCCACGGCAAGAGGCACGGCAAGGGCACCAUCUAUUACAACCAGGAGGGCACCUCCUGGUACGAGGGCGACUGGGUAUACAACGUGCGCAAGGGCUGGGGGAUACGGUGUUACAGAUCGGGGAACAUUUACGAAGGCCAGUGGGACAACAGCCUGCGCCACGGGGAGGGCAGGAUGAGGUGGCUGACGACCGGCGAGGAGUACGCGGGCCAGUGGGACAGGGGCGUCCAGAACGGCUUUGGGACACACACGUGGUUCCUGAAGAGGAUCCCCAACUCACAGUACCCCCUGAGGAACGAAUAUGUAGGGCAGUUCGUGGACGGGCGUCGCCACGGUCACGGGAAGCUCUACUACGCCAGCGGAGCCAUGUACGAGGGGGAGUGGGUCUGCGACAGGAAGCACGGCGUGGGCCGGCUGACGUUCAAGAAUGGGCGCGUGUACGAGGGCCUGUUCCACAGCGACCACAUCGCCCACUUCGCCGAGCGCGAGGCCGACAUCCUGAGUGGCCCCGAGCUGCCCUCGGAGGCCACCGUGAGGUGCAGGCGGAGCCGGUCCUCCCUCAGCGCGGAAAUCAUCAGGAAGCUGGACGGCAGCGAGAGUCACUCCGUGCUGGGCUCGAGCGUGGAGCUCAGCAUCAGCCUGCUGCUGAACAAGUACCCGAAGAAGGAGCAGCCCGAGGAGAGGCGGCAGGUGGAAUACGCUGUCCUGAGGAACAUCACAGAGCUGCGGCGGAUCUACAGCUUCUACAGCAGCCUGGGCUGCGACCACUCGCUGGACAACACCUUCCUCAUGACCAAGCUCCACUUCUGGCGGUUCCUGAAAGACUGCAGAUUCCAUCACCACGGGAUCACUCUUGCCGACAUGGACAGGAUACUGAGUGCCAACAACGACGACAUACCGUUUGAAGAAAUCCAUUCUCCGUUCAGGACGAUUCUCCUGAGGGCCUUCCUGAACUACCUGCUGCAGCUGGCCUACCACAUUCACCACCGAGAGUACCAGAACAGAAGCCCCUCGCUCUUCCUGUGCUUCACCCGGCUGAUGACCGAGAACAUCCACCCGAACGCCUGCCAGGUCAAAGGCAAUCUGUUCAGUGAGCAGCAGCGGACGCUGUACUCGAUGAACUACAUCGAUAAGUGCUGGGAGAUCUACGUGGCCUACUGCCGGCCCGGCGCCGCCCCGCCCCACGAGCUGACCAUGAGCGUGCGGCACUUCCUCUGGAUGCUCAAGGACUUCAAGAUGAUAAACAAGGAACUCACGGCAACCAGGUUCGUGGAGGUGCUGGCAGAGGAUAACCCUGUCAUCCAUGACGGGAUUGACAGCAACCUGGAACUUGAGCUGGUUUUCCUGGAAUUCUUUGAAGCUCUCUUGAGCUUUGCACUGAGCUGUGUUACUGAACGAAUGAGCAGAUCCUACUUAAACGUCUCCUACGAUGAUUUGUGUGGAAACAAAGAUGGAACUCUCCAGAUAGUAGUCAAUCAGAGCAUCCACAACAGGAGCCAGAGUGGGGUCAUGAGCCACGACUCUGACCCCGCUCACUCCAGCAGCGCCAAGUCCUCCUCCACCAAGCUGGCACUCCUGCCGGAAAGCAACAGACCGUGGCGAUCAGAGCCCAAGGUCAGGAGGUCUCUAAGCGAUGAGAAAGUUUCCAAAAUGAACUUUAAAUCUGCAGGAAAAGGCCUCACGUUUUUGUCUGAAAAUGAGAGAUACGAAAAGCCCAAGAGUGACCAGAACGAAAAACUCAACGUGUGGAUCAACAACAUGUACGUCUUCUUCGUGAACAUCCUGUUCGUCGCGUACAAACGGGAAGAAACUCUUAAGGAGAAAAUAAAGGAAAACCGGCUGCUCGAGGCAGCGAUGGCUCAGCAGAGGAAAACCGAAGACGAGGAACUGGAGGCCAAGCUGACUCUCUUACGAGAGGAGGAAGCAAAAAAACAAGACCAGGAGGUUGACAUCACUGUCAUCAAGGAGCCGAUGGACGCCCCGUCCAUCGUCCAAACGCCCAGCCCGCCCAAGGAGGACGUGUCCACGUCCCAGGCCGGCAAAUCCAUCUCAAGUAAGAAGAAGAAGAAGUGAAGAGGGCCGGUGCGUGAGCGGGCUCAGCACCGCCGGUUCCCCACCAUGAAGCCGUCCGCGGCUCCCUUCUCAGCUCACCGGGGUUCAGGUCUUCCACGUGGCAGCCGUGCUGAGCCGCCUGCAUUUGGAAAGCUGAGUUAAACAGAAGGUAUACACAAAUGAACCGUAAAUGAAUGUGCAUUAAACAUGUGU